UCCCUGGGGACGCCGGUGACAGGCUGUGCUCAAGCAGGUGGCAACUCGUCCAGCUGGGGUGGCUGGCCCUGGGCCAGAGCGCAGUGCAGGUGGCAUCUCAGUCCUGGGGGGGCUUCACUGUCACUCCUCACCCUGCCCAGCCCUCAAGCCCCAGGCUGGGGACCGCAGGGAGAGGGAAUUGGAGGGUCAGUGUUGGGUGGGUCACCACACUGGCAGCACCAGCCCGUGACUGACCCCGGUGCAUCUUCUCCCCCAUGCAGAAAUGGAAACAAACAACCAUUUUAACUUCACUGGCCUUUCCUCUGCACCCGCUGCCUCAGGACCGAAACCCACGCCUGCCUCAGGGGACCCCCCCUUCACCCACAGCUCCCCGCUCAGCUUCCCCCCGCAAGGGAAAAGUCUGAACGGGGGCAUGAAUGUCAAUGGCUUCUCUACUGUAUCACACCCCGGUACUUCAGGGACGUUCUCGCCCGGCUCCGCGCCCGCCGGGGCCCAGCCCCUCCGCGCCUACGACUGCCUGUGGGACUACUCGCCCUACGCGCCCGCCGGUGGCCUCAAGGACGGGGCCCCGCCCGCCCUCGGACAGUUCCCCCUCAACGGCGUGGCCGGAGGGUCCCGGCCGGCAUCGCCAGGACACGGCACCAACCUGCGGGCGGCUGGACAGGAGUUCUGGGGCAACGGCACGGCCGGGCCCAUGGGGCUGAACUUUGACUCGCAGGAGCUCUACGACUCCUUCCACGACCAGAGCUUCGAGCUGAUGCAGAACGGGCCCGACGGCUUCUAUGCGGCGGGUCAGUCCUCGCCCAUCCUGAGCUCGGACACGCAGCCCUUCCCACUGGCUCCGGCCGAGCCGGACCCCGGCCAGGGAGACGCUGAGGGCGCAGCCAAAGAGAUGCCCACCACCACCACCACCACCAUCGCAGAGAACGGGGGAGGGCUGGUGGGCAGCCAGGAGCUGGAGGAGGCACAGCCAGACCUGAAGAUCUGCAGCUACAACGGGGCUGCAGCCUCUGAGACGGGGUCGCUGGGGCCGGAGGGGCCCGUCCUGGCACCCAGGGAGAGCGGGUGCCUGGGGGCCGCAUCGCCCAUCGCCCCGCGGCUGGAGGACACCCACAUCCUCAGCGAGGACCCUCUGGAGCCCUUCGAGUCGCUGGCCAGAGACCCCGGCACUGGCGACCUGUACGCGAUGGACGACUCGCAGCUGGUGAGCGACAAGUCCUCCUUGGAGGAGCCCCCCGACCUGGCCGCCAGCCCCGCGCUCCACGCUGGCCCUUUCAGCCUGCUGCCCGCCAGCCCCUCGCCCGCCCCGCUGCUCGAUGGCCCCGGCUCGCCCCCCGCCCUGCACGGUACGUGCGGCCCCGGGAUGCUCCGGUGUCCCCCACACGGGGGGAAGGGCGGGGGUCACCCCACCGUCCUCGUUCCCCACGAGGGAUGGACCGUGUGCCAGCGCCGGGAGCCCCCCGGCCGUGUCCGUGGCAUCACCGAGGCCCCCGGGCAGCGCAGGGAGGGGACGCGCAGCCCCCGUGACGUGUCCGGUGACGUCCCUGACCUUGGCUCCUCAGGCGACAACGCCGAGCUCAACAGCGGCGACCACGCGGGGCUGCGGGAGUCGGCGUCCCUGGAGCUCGACCCUCCGCUGGAGCCGGAGUCUCCGACUUCGGCCGCGCCAGAAGGAGAGAGCGAGGAGCCCGCCCAGCUGAGUGCCUCGGGGGCAGGUGAUGCCCCUCGCCGCCGCAUCGCCACGCAGGAGGAGGUGCGCUUCCCGCUGCAGCACGGGUGGAGGCGGGAGGUUCGGAUCAAGAAGGGGAACCAUCGCUGGCAGGGCGAGACCUGGUACUACGGCCCGUGCGGGAAGAGGAUGAAGCAGUUCCCGGAGGUGAUCAAGUACCUGAGCAGGAACAUGGUGCAGGAUGUCCGGCGUGAGCACUUCAGCUUCAGCCCCCGCAUGCCCGUGGGAGAUUUCUACGAGGAGCGGGACACGCCUGAGGGCGUGCAGUGGGUGAAGCUGAGCCCCGAGGAGAUCCCCGGGCGCAUCCAGGCCAUCACGGGCAAGCGUGGCCGGCCCCGCAACGCCGAGAAGGCCAAGCCCAAAGAGCCCCCGGCUGCCAAACGGGGCCGGGGCCGCCCGCCCAAGGUCAGGAUGGUGGAUUUGCUGAGCAAGACGGAUGCGCGGCUGCUGAAGAGGCUGGAAGCACAAGAGGUGCUCAGCGAGGAGGACAAGUUGAAAAUGAGCAAGAUCAAGAAGAAAAUGAGGCGGAAGGUGCGGGCAUGGGGCUCGGGGGCUGCUCAGGUUUGGGCGGGGGUUUCCCUGGUGCAGGGGGUCCCUGAGUGGGUCUUGUCCUCCCCUCAGGCCAAGAACAAGCAGAAGCAGGAGGCCAAAGCCCCCAGGGCCAAGGAGGCCAAGAAAAAAUCCAAGGCCAAAGAGAAGAAGGGGAAGCCCGAGAAGGGCAAGGACAAGGCCCGGCCCAAGGAGAAGAAGGGCAACAAGGGGGCUCGGAAGGCGGACAAAGGGCUGCUGGCCCAGCGGCGCCUGGAGGAGAGGAAGCGGCAGCAGCUCAUCCUGGAGGAGAUGAAGAAGCCCACGGAGGACAUGUGCCUGGGGGACCACCAGCCCCUUCCAGCCUUCUCCCGCAUCCCGGGGCUCGUCCUGCCCAGCCGCGCCUUCUCCGACUGCCUGACGGUGGUGGAGUUCCUGCAGAGCUACGGGAAGGUGCUGGGGCUGGAGCCAGCCCGGGACGUGCCCACGCUGGGAGCGCUGCAGGAGGGGCUGCUGGGGGUGGCCCCUGGUGCUGGGCAGCUCCAGGACCUGCUGGUGAGGCUGCUGCAGGCAGCGCUCUGCGACCCCGGCCUGCCGCCCUACUGCCAGUCCCUGAAGAUCCUGGGGGAGAAAGUGUCGGAGAUCAGCCUGAACCGUGACACGGUGUCCGAGGUCCUGCGCUGCUUCCUGACGGCGCACGGCGCGGGCGCGGAGCUGUGCGAGGGGCUGCGCACAAAACCCUUCCAGGCGCUGCCCCCCGAGCGCAAAGCCGCCAUCCUGGUCUUCCUGGUCAACGAGCUCAACAGCAGCGCCCUCAUCAUCAGUGAGAUCGACAGGACCCUGGAGAACAUGUCCAACUACAGGAAGAACAAGUGGAUCAUCGAGGGCCGACUCCGCAGGCUGAAGGUGGCCCUGGCCAAGAAAACGGGCCGUCCUGAGUCGGAGUUCACGGGGCUGGAGGACGGCCGGCGCCGGCGCAGCUCCCGCCUCACCGAGGACGUGGGGCUGGAGAUGGAGGAGGAGGAGGAGACCCGGGGACGGAAAUACCGCCGGGAGGAGGAGGCUGACACGUCUGCGUCCAGCAUCCCGGAGCUGGAGCGGCAGAUCGAGAAGCUGGCCAAGAGGCAGAUGUUCUUCCGCAAGAAGCUGCUCCAUUCCUCCCAGACCCUGCGUGCAGCCUCCCUGGGCCAGGACCGGUUCCGGAGGCGCUACUGGGUCCUGCCCCACCUGGGCGGAAUCUUCGUGGAGGGCGCGGAGGCAGCUGAACCGGUGGCUCAGGAGCCCCCAGAGGAGAAGGUGUCCCCACACGUGUCCCCGGUGAAGGAGGAGCCGGCGGCCGUGCCCAUCGCCAGCCGGACGAGCUGCCCGGCCUCGGCCUCGCGUGCCCGCGGGAGGCCCCGCAAGAGCAAAGAGGAGCUGGCACAGCACUGCGGACCCUGCCCCACCCCGGUCAACGGGGUCCUGGAGGAGCCAGAGACCCUGGGGCAGAGCCAGCACGACCUCAGCCAGUCGGCCUUCCUGUCCUGGCUGAGCCAGACUCAGUCAUCUCUGCUCAAGGACUCUGUCCUCACCCCGGCCAGCAGCCCCGGCAAGGGGGACACGGGGCUCCCGCCGCCCGAGGCUCCCUCGGACCCCAUGGAGGAGGAAGAGGAGGAGGAGGAGGAGGAGGAGGAGGAGAGAGCCCCGGAGGCUGUGGCAAAGCGGGGGCCUUGGUUCAACCUGCUGCCCCGCACGCCCUGCGAUGACCGAGCCCCCCUCGCUACCUCCUCGGCCGAGCCCUCGCCGCGAGCCCCCGCAGCCCCCCGCAGCCAGAGCCGGGGGGAGCCCCCCAAGGGCCCGGCACGGCAGCUGAACGGCCUCCCCACAGACGACCCCACGGCUCCCCUGCUCGCCUCCACGCCGGUGCAUGCCGGCCCCAGGGCCCACGGUGCCUGCCCCCGCAGCCAGGGCAGCCUGGAAAAGCUCCAGGACGUGCCAGGACAACCCAAACGCCGAGGGAGACCCCCCACCAAAUUCUUCAAGCAGAUGGAGCAGAAAUACCUGACGCAGCUGACGGAGCAGCCGGUGCCCAGCGAGAUGCAGAGCGGGUGGUGGUGGCUGCGGGACCCCGAGGAGCUGGAGGCCGUGGCGAGGGCGCUGCACCCGCGGGGCAUCCGGGAGAAGGCGCUGCACAAGCACCUCACCAAGCACAAGGAGUUCCUGCGCGAGGUUUGCCUCCGGAGCACCACCGACCCCAUCUUCCACCCCGCUGCCGCGGUGUCUCAGGAAGCCCUGGCUCAGUGGUCAGUGCCCGACAGAGCCUACGAGACCGACCUGGGCGUCCUGCGGUGGGUGGAGGAGCUGGAGCAGCGCGUCCUCAUGGCCGACCUGCAGAUCCGGGGCUGGACGUGCCCCAGCCCGGACUCGACACGGGAGGAUCUGCGGUACUGCGAGCACAAGGUGGAGCCUCUGGAGGACAUCACGGUGCGGAGCCGGCGGGACGGGGCCCCGCUGCGCCGGGAGCUCACCAACCCCCUGGACCUGGCCGUGCUCCGGCUCGCUGCCCUGGAGCAGAACCUGGAGCGCCGCUACCUGAAGGAGCCGCUGUGGCCUCUGCACGAGGUGGUGGUGGAGAAAGCGGUGCUGAGCGGCCCCGAGGAGCUGAGCCUGGGCCCCACUGAGAUCUCCUACGAGAUCACGCCGCGGGUGCGGACGUGGCGGCAGACGCUGGAGCGCUGCCGCAGCGCGGCCCAGGUGUCCCUGUGCAUCUUCCAGCUGGAGAAAUCCAUCGCCUGGGAGAAAUCCGUCAACAGAGUGACCUGCCUGGUGUGCCGGCGAGGGGACGACGACGAGCACCUGCUGCUGUGCGACGGCUGCGACCGCGGCUGCCACCUCUACUGCCACCGGCCCCGCAUGACCGAGGUGCCCGAGGGCGACUGGUUCUGCUCCGUCUGCGUGGCCCGGGCAGGACAAUACCGGGACCCCAUCUCUCCCCGGCGGGGCAAGAAGCGGAAACGGGGCCGCGGGGUCUCGGGGAGCCCCGGCCAGGAGGAGCCGAGCCCGCGGCGCCGCCCGGCCCCGCGCCGCCGGGAGGGGCUGCCCGUGUCCCCCCGGUACUCGGGGGAGGCUCUGGCCCCUCCCCGCCGGAGGAGCUCGGCCCUGCGGGGCCAGCCCAGCGACCUGACCUUCUGCGAGAUCAUCCUGAUGGAGAUGGAGUCGCACGAGGACGCGUGGCCCUUCCUGGAGCCCGUGAACCCCCGGCUGGUCCCCGGCUACCGCAAGAUCAUCAAGAACCCCAUGGACUUCGCCACCAUGCGCACCAGGCUGCUGCGGGGCGGGUGA